UCGGCGGAACUCGUUGUUCGUGGCUCCGCUGGCGGCGGAGCGCAGGCAGCGCCGCACCGUGCGGUCACCUCUGUGCGCCGCCGCCGCCGCCAUGCCGUUCCUCCCGGACGAGGCCCGUUCGCUGCCGCCGCCGCCCCUUGUGAACAAGGGCUCGGUGUGGUUGGGGCUGUGCGGAUGGUUGGCGGCCCUGCUGGACAACGGCUUCGCCCAGCGGCCCGUCCUGAAAGCGGGUGUUCACCGCCAGGUCCUGUUUACCACCGUGGGGUGGUUCGCCGGCUAUUUCCUUGUUAAACAUGCUGAGUAUGUCCACGCUAAACUGGACAGAGAGCUGCUCGAUUAUGUCCGGCGGCACCCUGAGGACUUUAAGGCAGCAGAAAAGAAAAGAAUAGGGGAACUCCUGGAGGAUUUCCAUCCAAUUCGCUGAUGCUUCUGCUGAGCUGAUUCUGGGUUAAGAGCUCCACAGGGCUGCCUGCGGCUUUUCAGCUGCCCACGUUUGGAAGGGGAACCAUUGAUCUCAUUAAAUAAAAGUUAAUGAUGAAAUACAGA